AUGGCUACCACAUCAGUUAAUGGAGCGUCCAACAUUUUGACCACGACCAGAACGCUCUUUAGGAGUCGUAGAAAUCAUGGUCAAGGAGUUCCAGCAAAAGAGGUAGCAGAUGGCAUGCUGUCAACUAUAGACUUAAACUGGAGCCUGGCAGAUCUGAACCAUUUUGUUUGUCAGAGCUUCCCUAUGAUUAGUUUGAAUCUUGUGGGCUUUGAGUUGGCUAAAGUUGACAAGGGUAAAAAAAUCAAGAAGAUCCAAGCAAACUCUGUGAGAGAUCUGAAAAAGGUUGUCGGGAAAAGCAGGCUUUAUGUUGUCCCUCGUGCUGAAGUGAGCCAGACAAGCAACGUGCCUCAGAGUCAACCUCCAAACAUGAGUGCAACAGAUCCUGCAAGAAGUCUACAGGAGAUGCUUCCUGUAACAGCAAGUGAUUUAGAGGUUCUGUUUGACUUCAUUGGCUCACAUCCAUCAGCUAGUGAAUAUUUUUACAUUAGGGCAGCUACAUCCUCUGUAUCUAUUAUCAACACAGUUUCUGGAACUCUUCUUGAUCACUACUUUACUUUCCCAUUGAACAUUCAUGUUCGAUGGAUGGACAUGCAGGAUGUGCAGGACAUUUUUCAACAGCAAAAUCCAGUUGUUUUGCGAACUUCAGAUCAAUCUGAAGUUAGUGAUGACCUUGAAGUACAUUCUCCGGAAGAUAUUUACUCCAAUCACACUGAGGUUGUAGGUGACUUACAAGUAGUAGAUCCUGGAUCAGCAACAUACUCCAACUACAUUGAAAUAAUGCCAGACAAUGAGAUUCUAGAUCUAGAUGAACUUAUAGAUGCAUCUGAAGUUGUGCACUUGGAAGACUUGGACUGUUCUACAGAAAAUAUCCUUUUGGAACGUGGGAAAGAAAUAAACUACAAUUCAAGUUGCCGAUUUAAUAUAAAUAGGAAAAAUGUGCUGGAUGGUGCACUUAGAGCAUUUAGCCGGAAGUCCUACAAUCCCUUCAAGAGAAUUUCUGUCAGAUUCUCUGAUGAAUGUGGAAAUUUUGAGGAAGCUGUUGAUUUGGGAGGCCCAAGGAGAGAGUUCCUCACCUUGCUUACAGAGGAGAUUGAGAAAUCUUCAAUGUUUGCAGGCCCAGAUGGACGGAAAAUCCUUGCUCUUGACUCAGUAGCGGUGAGAGAAGAUCGAUACUACCUAAUUGGAAAAGCAAUGGCUGUCAGCAUGGUUCAUGGGGGACCAUCUCCAGGAUUUUUUUCACCCACCUUAUUUGAGUGCAUCACCUAUGGCACUGUGUCACCCACCAUCGAAGAUGUGAAUGACUUGGACAUGACAGAUAAAUUCACAAAAAUUUCACAUGCUGCAAACAUGGAGGAGUUAUGUCAGGCAACAGAGGUUAUGAGUGAAUACCUAGCAAAUGCAGGCUGCCUUCGAGCUGUAAAGUGCCUUCAAGACAAAGAUCUGCUUUUGCAAGACAUCCUCUUGUUCCAAGUUGUGAACAGACUCCAUGGUCCACUUGAACGAUUCAAGGAGGGCCUGAAGACUCUAGGAUUGUUGGAUGUUGUUGUUGAACAUAAAGAUGCCUUCAGACCCCUUUUUUGCAGCCCACAAAAGCCACUUACUGCUGACAGCCUGGAUGACUUAUUUGAAAUUCGUUACUCCAUUGCUGGAAGUAACAGGUGGGCACAAGAAAACAUUACAGUAGCCUUUUGGAGGGACUAUCUUCUGGAUGCAGAAGAAGGCAGCUCUAACUGCUCACUGGACAAAAUUCUAAUGUUUGCAACUGGAUGUAGUGUUCUGCCUGCCAUUGGACUAAAGCCACAGCCAUCCAUUGAGUUCUUACACGCUGUAGAUGCCUUACCUUUGUCUGCUUCAGUUAGAGAGAAGUUUCCAACUGCAAACACGUGCGUGAACUGCUUGCGUCUCCCCUUGCACAAGGACUAUGCCACUUUUAAGUUUAAUAUGGACUUUGGCAUUUGCAACACACAAGGGUUUGGUCAGGAGUAG